AUGUGGAGACAACUUCAUUUGCCUUUGUCAGUCCGAGGGGUGCUACUUGUGCUCCUCUUUUCGCGAAGGACGUGUCGUGCGAAUGAAGAUGAUCUUGAGGGCGGUCAUGAGAAGCGUAGCUCGACCCAGGAGGGGUCCUCUCGUAGUGGUGACGAAGUCACGCCUCAAUCCUCGAAGGAUGGGGCGGAUUGGAACGAACGGAAUGGACUCACAUCGGAGGAGUGGCCGGAUCCAUACAAAAGCCUCGAUGAUUUUCCCCGCUUUUCGCGCCUCGCUACUAUUGCCGAAUACCUCUUCUACACUCACUUGGUGGAGCACACGGAGCAGCGGAGACAGACAAAGAGCGUUUUGCGUUCGGUCGAAUCGUCUGUGGCAGCAAAAGUUGCUGACGAAGCACAGGCAGAAGGAACACAUGCUGAUGAAGAGUGUGGACACCUAGACGACGAUCUUCUUUCUGAUGAAAAAGAAGAUCCUGCUAGAGCACUGGCAGGAGCUGUAGAUGGACGCAGAAGGGAUUGCAGCAUCGACGUUGCGAGCUUCGUCCACCUCUCAACACCUGGAGAUGGUCGUGAGCAACCUCCUCCUCGAGUGCCAGAUUCGAUUGUGCGGCGUGGGAAGGAAGGCCAUGAUGAGCAAGCGAGGAAUCAGGAAAUCAUCGAACAGCCUCUCACUCUCGGAGGCGCCUUGCCGUCGUCUGCGAACCAGAACGACGCUGUAGUUUCGGUAAACAACCACACUACAGGACCAGAUUACUUUGCAGCUCCGACCACAGGCGACAAAAACAAGAAAAAAAACGAAGACGAAAUUACCAUACAGGAGAUACUCCAGUUUCCCGAGAUCUUACAGGGGCGGCUGAAUCUUUUGGAUACCAACUUUUCUGCGUGGACUAUCUGGACCGCAGUCCUCCGAGACGAAUUGAAGAACAGGCUAAUCGGGCAGAGUCGCUCCAUUCUGAAAACCGGAAGUGUGAUAACCGUAGAUCGGAACGUGACAAGAAAAUGUUAAGGCAGUUCUUGCAGUAAAUGGACGUGUACCUCCUCAGCAGUUGUAGGUCGUACCCGCUAUUUCAUUCUAGUACGACCACAAAAACGCUGGAAUUUGAUGGAAGUCUUGUUGUUGUAGUAGACGAGCUUUCUAGGCAAAAAUACAUUCUGCUGCUCUAAAGAAAGUUGCAGGGAAGUGGACUGGGGUAUCCACAGAACGUUGACAAGAGGAACUAUCCAGGUGGAUGGCAACUCGACGUGGAUCACUGCGGAAAGUAUGAAACCGUGUCAAAUCGGCUUGAGCUAGAACGCGGUCAUGCUGAGACGCUCGUCGUGGAGACUCGUUGCAGCAAAGUGGAGACCCGGAGGACAAAAACCAAAGCGGUAGAUGGCUCCGAUGGCUCCACGAUAUUUCUUCGGUGGAAUAGUCGUGCUACAACAAAAGUGCUGCAAUCUUUCUUACAGCAUGCUUCUCGGCCUGCAGCGCACUUCAUCUACACAAACGGCGAGGUUGAGCGGAUAUCGCUGACGGGAGAAUUUAGUCUUUUUCAUUGGUUGCGCGACAACUUUGAAGCAUCCUACCACCGCCCUACUAUCGAUGCCUGGGCAGACAGUUAUGGCUUUAACUUUUCUUGAUCUUUUCUUGGACUGACUCUGAUAGAUACGAUGGGUUCUGAAAUCCGACAAUCCUAAGAAUUGAAAUUCAUUUUCUGUGCACGGCGUAACCACACAUGGAACUUCUCUUGUCACCAGACUACUCUCCAACUACAAAAAAUCCAUCUAAAAGUUGCAUGUGUCUUUGUUGCAGUAUUCCGCGUAUAGUUUUCGGUACUUCGGCUACGCGAGUCGUUGG